ACUAAGUCAGCCAAAAGGAAAGGGAGCAAGAUCAAUAAGAAUGAGAAGGAGAGGCUGCAGAAAGAGGAAGAUGAGCAAAGACGGAAGGAGGAGGAGGAGGCCCAACUGGUGGCAGAACGUGAGGAGCAGGAGAGGAUGGAGAAGGAGCAGAGGGAGCAGGAGGAGCAGCAGAGACUUGAGCUUAAGGACCAGGAACGCAGAGAGGAUGAGCUGAACGAAUUGCGGCGUCUGCUGGAGGAGAACCAGGCGGCAGUAAACUCAUGGGAGGAAGCAACCAGGGUGAAAGCCAAGUGGGACCGGUACAUGCGAUGUGAUGGUAGCCCAGAUCCAUCAGUGCAGCCAGAGAUCAAUACCUUCAUCAGCUUGUGGAUGGAUGACCCAGAAGUCGAGAUUAAACCCAUCCUGAAGCAGUGUGUCUUGGCAUUGCAGUUAAUAGAUGAACUGGAUGACCUUUUGACUGACCAGCCUUCUGUACCUGAUGCUCAAAGAUAUCAGGAGACCCUGCUGUCCCUCCAGAACCUCAUCCACAGUAAACACAACCAGGCCACUGAGGAGCUCCUGAAGUGGGCUAAAGCUCAUUCAGACACUGAGACUGGCAACAUGCAAAUGGUGAUCCAAGAUGAGAACAUCACCCUGUGUCUGUGGGCUAACCUCAAAAAGAACCCGCGGUUUAAGGGCUAUCAGUUUGAGGAGGUGGGUUUGGGUUUUAAACUACCAAAACAGCUGGCUGUGAGUGACAUUGCCGUGCGCAUCUUGCACACCCGCUACGACCACCUUUCCCACCUCAGCCGCCAGACGCUGUCCCAAAGCAAGAGUUCCAUGAGAGACUGUGAGGACAGGACUUCUGUGACAGAAACAUCUGAAACUGACGGUGGAGAAAUGGGAGGAGAGAUAGAGGUAGAGAAGGAGGGGAGAGAGAGCAAUCUACAGGUAGAGGAAGAGUCCACUCAUUCAGAGGGCAGGAAGAGUGCUGUGAGUGUGUCAUCCAGGAAAGAGGAGAGGAAAAGUUCUGUGGGAAAGAAUGAGGAAGGAGGCGAAAGUCAGAUAGAGACAAUGGUGACAGCAACUGCUUCUGAGGAGGAAACAGGUGAAGGUGAGUCCGUCCACUCUGCAGCGGAACCUGAGUUUGACAGCAGCGCAGACCUGCACAUAGUGGACCUGCAGCAGUAUAUACCUCUGGGUGGAGUCUUCUACUUUGAUGUAUUCUGGCUGCCACCCCAGUCUCAGACCAUCAAUGGUUGGGAAAUUAGAGAGCUGCUGGAAACAGGUCUCCAGAUCUUUCCUUACCCCACGGAUCCGUCUGGCAUGAAUUCUGCAUCAGCGAAGCUGGAUGAGAUAAACACUGUCUCCAGCCAGCCUGCAGGGGUCACUGUUACCCUGCCUGAGUGUGUGUUGUUUCUAGAAGAACCCUUGGUGGCUCACUGGGACUCUGAUGGUCAGCACUGGAGGACAGACAAUAUCAGUGACAUCUCGUAUGAUGCGUCAGCAAGAAGUGUGUCCUUUGGGAUGAAAGAGUUCUGUGCCUUCACUUUGCUACAGGAAGCUCACGCUAACAUGCCCUUCCAGAGCUGGGAGCUCCGCCCGCUGGGCAAAGACUCUGCCCUGUUCACCAUUACAGGGGCCCUAAUUGAACUUAGCAUCACUGUCCAGGAUAAUCAGUGUAUGCUCCAAACAGAGCACAGAAGUGAAUUGGCACACAUAACAGGGAAAUGGAUGAGUCUCUCUGCUAUACAGAAAGCCAUGCGCAGUGCCGGAUUAAACGUGUUCGUCAAUGAGCACUCGGAAAAGUACGUCAGUGUCAAUGCAAAAGAUCCUCUGAUUGAGCAUGCUGUGUAUGAGCAGAUGGCCCUGCUGUCCACUGCUGUCGCCUUCACCUGGAGCCAGUGGAACGCUCAGUGUGCACAGGAGCACCUUGUACUGCAGGCCUGUGAGCACAUGGAGGCAGGGCCUGUGGCUGAGGAGGCGUGGUCUGUCUACCUGCUGGGAGCUCAGAGAAACCAGAGGCUGAGGAUGAAAGAAAGGAGUGAGAGUUUCUCUCCUGAACUUGCCCCUGGCAGUGAGUUCCACUCCACCUUCUUUCACCUGCUCAAGGACGACAUGAGCGCUGAAGCCCAGAACAGGGUUCGACAAGCCCACCACCUCUACACUGACACCAUGCAGCGGUUGCUUUGUGCUACACGAGUUCUCAUUUACUCCUAA